ACCGGAAACUGUACUUUACGGCCAUGGCCAACAGCAUGUAGCCGAAGUGUUGUACUCAUCCACAACAAUUCUCGUGUUUUAAUUAAGCUAUUUUAACUGUUUCUCUACAAUUUCUAAUUUUUUAUUAGCUGACAGAGAAGCAAUUAUUCACCGGAGAUGGGAGUCCCGGCGUUUUUCCGUUGGCUUAGCCGAAAAUAUGCGUCAAUCGUUGUGCAUUGUGUUGAGGAGAAGGGGAAAGAAUGCAAUGGAGUCCGUAUUCCUGUUGAUACGACCAAGCCAAACCCCAACGAGGUGGAAUUCGACAAUUUGUACUUGGACAUGAACGGGAUCAUUCACCCUUGUACACAUCCAGAGGACAAAGCGGCUCCCAAAAAUGAAGACGAGAUGAUGGUCGCCAUUUUCGAGUACAUAGACCGCCUCUUCAAUAUUGUGCGGCCCAGGAGAGUUCUGUACAUGGCCAUCGAUGGAGUGGCUCCACGGGCCAAGAUGAACCAGCAGCGCUCUCGGCGGUUCCGAGCCUCCAAAGAAGGAGUGGAGUUGGUGGAGGAGAAGGAUCGCAUCAGGGAGGAGAUCAUCCAGAGAGGAGGUUAUCUUCCACCGGAGGGGGUUAAAGAGAGAUUUGACAGCAACUGCAUCACUCCAGGAACAGAGUUCAUGGACAACCUGGCACAGUGUCUCCGAUACUACGUCGCUGACAGACUCAGCAAUGACCCCGGCUGGAGGAACAUCACGGUGUUGCUGUCUGAUGCCAGCGUUCCCGGUGAAGGUGAACACAAGAUCAUGGACUACAUCCGGAGACAGAGAGCUCAACCCAACCACGACCCCAACACGCACCACUGCCUGUGUGGCGCUGACGCUGACCUGAUCAUGCUGGGCCUGGCCACCCAUGAGCCGAACUUCACCAUCAUCAGAGAGGAGUUCAAACCCAACAAACCCCGGCCCUGUGCGCUCUGCGGGCAGACCGGUCAUGAAAUCAAAGAUUGUCAGGGGACGGCCAGAGAGAAACAGGGAGAGCACGAUGAGUUUGCAGACUCGAUGCCGGCGUCUGAACAGGAGUUCAUAUUCAUCAGACUCUGUGUGCUGCGCGAGUACCUGGCCAGAGAGCUCACCAUGGCCAGUCUCCCGUUUCCCUUCGACUUUGAGAGGAGCAUCGACGACUGGGUCUUCAUGUGCUUCUUUGUUGGAAAUGACUUCCUGCCACACCUGCCGUCCUUAGAGAUCAGAGAGGGAGCGAUAGAUCGACUGGUCAACAUCUACAAAGACAUUGUGCACAAAACUGGAGGCUACCUGACGGAGAAUGGCUACGUCAACCUGGAGAGAGUGGAGCUGAUCAUGCAGGCGGUGGGCGUGGCUGAGGACAACAUCUUCAAGAAACGCAAAGAGGACGACGAAGGUUUCAAGAGAAGAAUGAAAGACAAGCGGAAGAGGAUGAAGGUGGAGCAGCGCGGCCCCGCCCACAUGACCUCGGGCCAAUUUGCCCCUCAGGCUCUGGGGAGGAGGGACCGACCCGAGGCCGUCCAGAACGCCCGGCACCAGGCCUUCGACAUGAGGAUGCAAUCCAACAAGGAUGCAGCUCAGUCCCUGAAGGCCACGAUAAAGAACGGUGGCAAUUCGUCUGCGGGGCCCAGCGGCAGCACGGACGGCAGGGGCAUGAAGAGGAAAGCUGAUGACAGUGACAGCGAGCCGGAGCCCGAAGACAACGUCAGGUUGUGGGAGGAUGGCUGGAAGCAGAGAUACUUCAAGACCAAGUUUGAUGUGGACGCGUCUGAUGACGACUUCAGGAAGAAGGUGGUGCAGUCGUACGUGGAGGGUCUCUGCUGGGUGCUGCGCUACUAUUACCAGGGCUGCGCCUCCUGGAAGUGGUACUUCCCGUUCCACUACGCUCCGUUCGCCUCCGACUUCAAAGACAUCAAAGGGAUGUUCACCGAUUUUGAGAAGGAGACCAAACCGUUCAAGCCACUGGAGCAGCUGAUGGGAGUGUUUCCUGCUGCCAGCGGUAACUUCCUGCCCACAACAUGGAGGAGCCUGAUGAGCAGUCCUGAGUCUUCCAUCAUCGACUUCUACCCCGACGACUUUGCCAUUGAUCUCAACGGCAAGAAAUACGCCUGGCAGGGUGUGGCCUUGUUGCCUUUCGUGGAUGAACGCCGGCUGUGGGCGGCUCUGGCUGACGUUUACCCAAACCUCACACCUGAGGAACGGAGAAGAAACAGUAUGGGCAGCGACCUGAUGUUCCUCGGAAAGUCUCACCCGCUCUUCGACUUCAUCCAUGAACUCUACCGCACAGAAUCUCAGGAGAGCACUGAGAUCCCUGCAGAGCUGUGCCACGGGAUCCUCGGGACGUUAAAUCUUGACGAGAGCCCGAUCCUCCCAGACAAGUUGGUGACGUCACCCAUCCCAACGCUGCGUGACAUUUCUCAGAACAGCGCCAUCGGAGUGAAGUUCAAGGAUCCACACUUUGCAGAUGAGUUUGUGUUCAAGGCGGUUCUUCUCUCUGGAGCCAAGAUGCCCAACAAGGUCCUGAAGCCAGGGGACUGGGAGAAGGGGAACAGGGAAUCAUGGAGACCCCAGCUCGGCUUCAACCAGCACAGACAGCAGGCUCACCUGGACCAGUCCGGCUUCCGGUCUCUGGGUCACAGUAUGAACAGAAACCAACGUGGCAGCGGAGGACAGUACAGCAACACCCCGCCGCCAAACGCCUACCAGCAAGGGAACUACCGAGCGCCUCACAGCGGAGGACACCAGCCUUUCCAACAUUCCAGGCAGAACAGUUUGCUGGGAACGCCCCCCUCCUACCACCAGCCCCAGUACCCGAGGCAGCAGCAGCAGCAGCAGCGGCAGCAGCAGCAGCAGUACGGGGGCAGCGGGGGUCACGGUUGGAAUCGGGCUACGCAGUCGCAGCCGUCGGCGUACCAGCAGAACAUGAGCCGUGGACAGGCAGGACAAGGAGCACAGGGCAGGGCGGCGCCAGGCGGCUACCAACAGCGCUACGAUGACCGCAGGGACAACCGGGGUGGGCAGCAUCAGGGCUACGGCGGCGCCGGCCGAGGUUACCCUGCUCCCCCCGCCUCCAGGAGAUAUGAAUGGAAUUAAACUCAAAGUAAUGUUGGACUUUGGGACUGUGUGUGGGGGGGGGGGGGGGCACUGUUUUUAGGGGAGAAACGUCACAAUUGUCUUCUUGAACAAUUAAAUUUGUUUUUUUCUUUUUAUUCUACUUACAACAAAAAAAAAAUUGUUAUGUAACUUGUGAUUUUUAAGACGAACUGCCUGUAAAACAAAUACAAGUGUGUCAAGGACGAAGUGUCCAAUGUGUUCAUUCUUUAUCUCCCCGGGGGGGGGGGGUGAAUAAAAGAAUAACUGAU